AUGCUGGCGGCGCGCUACCAGAUGACGAAGGGCAGCCCCCGUCAGCGCCCUCCCACCGUUCCGACGCGGACCAGCCAGAGGCCGUUGGACGAUAUCGACGAGACGGUGGACCGACUGCGCAUGCUGACCGCCUACUGCUCCACAGAGGCACACUGCAGCGUCCAGAAAGCCGCGCGCCUUUGUAUGGUGCAGCUGCGCGUUCUGGACGCCGACCGCAGCGACUGCCUCAGCGCGGAGAGGCUCAGGCGGGCAAUAGAAGCCGACGUGGAUAAAGGAUUCGUGCCGUUCUAUGUGGUGGCUACGAUUGGCACGUACGCGACGGCUGCUUCGGACAACUUGAAGUCAAUCGGCGCCGUCUGCCAAGAGUACCCAACCAUUUGGUUGCACGUCGACGCCUCGUACGGCGGCAACGCGCUGCUUUGUCCCGAGAUGCGCCACCUCAGCCUGGGGAUCGAAUACGCCAAUUCCAUUAGCGUGUGCCCCGAGAAGUGGGCGCUCGUCAACCACGACUGCACGUGCUUCUGGACGAGCGACUACCUGCGGCUGAUCGAGGGCCUCGUCGUCAACCCGACGUACCUGCAGUACGAGCAGCAGAACGAAAGCAUCGACUACCGGCACUGGGGGGUGCCACUGUCUCGCCGCUUCCGAGCCCUCAAGCUGUGGUUCACCCUACGCAGCUACGGGCUGCACAACCUACAGAAGCACAUCCGUAACCACUGCCUGCUGGCGGAGCGCUUCAGGGCAUUCGUCAACAGCGACCGCCGCCUGCAGCUAAUGAACCUCGUCGAGAUACGUCGCAAAUGUAAGUGUCGGCCUUCAAACGAGCAAUUCCCGCAGCUAGGCGUGGUGUGCUUCCGUGUCCUGCGCACCGGCGAAUCGCAGCCGCUGCCUGCAGACCAACUGACGGAGCUGCUACUGGCCUUCAUCAACCAGUCUGGCCGAGCAUUCAUGUCACCUGUGCGAGUUGGCGACAACUUUUGCAUCCGUUAUUGUAUCACCGCAGAAAACUAUACGCAUGAGGACGUAGAUCGGACGGCGAGGACAGUGGAGCGGUGCCUGGAGAAGAUCGAGCAUGCGCAGUAUGUGAGCAUCACGAAGGCGUCGCUGGUCUCGCUGGGCGUGGAGUCCUCUGCGGGCCGUUUGAGUCGGCGCUCCAGCACCUUCGGCCGCACUCGGCGGCGCAGUGGGGACAGCCACCUGCAGCUGCGCGCCCUGCGCUACCUUACCCACACCGUGUCCGUGCCGCCGGCCCAGCUGCAGCAGAUGCGGGAACGGCCGAUGCUGCAGGGCGGCGGCUCGCCGUACUUCGUUCCCAGCACAGACGACGACAUUGUCGAUCACGUCGACCUCAGUGACCUCGUCGCGUCGCUAGAACUCUGA